AUGGCCGCGGAUUCGAGUUCCUGGACAACAGUUCAGGAAUUCCUCCAGAACGCUGAUCAUCAAUCUAUCGCAUGUUUCGAACAAGUCAACUGGGAUCAGCUGUGUCAAAUCGCCUCGGAUGCCAAUCGCAGCUUAGAAUGUGUGGCUCUGGAUCAGAUAGCGAGCGGACUCAACAACAUGGUCCGUCAACUUGAGUUUCCCGACAAGACUCGCUGGGCAGCCAGAAUUCCCAUCAUCAGAAGCCAGCCUCACUCUUCUUAUAGCACGAAGCUACACAAUGAAAUCGCAACCAUGCAGUUUAUUCAAGAAAAUUCCAGCUUACCAGUGCCCCAAGUCUUCACGUACGACACUGACGCAAACAAUGCUGCAAACACUGCUUACAUGCUCAUUGAGGUGUUACCCGGUAUUGUUGCUAUCGAUGCUCUCGGCGGUCACAAAGUACACGGUGGUGUGAUCCCCAUGCGGUACCGGCAAACCUUCUAUCGCUCCGUCGCCAAGUGUCAUAUCCAGAUAACGUCAAUACGACUUCCGAAAAUUGGGACUAUUAUCCGGAGCGAGGACGGCGGAUACGAGUCUGGGCCCAUUCCGGGCAUCGGCGGUCCUUUUGAUACAGCGGCGGCCUUCUUUGAAGCAUGGGCUGACAAGGUUGAAUUCAAGCGUGACAAGGAAACAAUCACGCAAAUGAUGCAGAGAGGUCCAAUAUCCGCGGAAAAAAUGAUCCAGAUCAUCGACGAGUUCCCAUCGCAGAUCAAAGGCAUGGCUGAACAGCUCGCCUCGGACAACGACGGGCCAUUUCCUCUGUGUCAUGAUGAUUUUCUCCACAGCAAUAUCAUGGUCGACGAAGCUAGCUUCAACGUAACAGGAGUUAUUGAUUGGGAGGGGGCCUGCACGGUCCCAUGGGGGCUCGUUGCGUUCCCCGAAUUCAUUCAAGUCAUGCCCAGGUCAUUCGACCUGCCCCAGCAUUACGACCAAGAUGGACAACCCGUCGAGGAGAGCGUGAGGGAAAAAUGGCUCGAGCGGCAAAACUACGUUGAGAUGGUGAAGUCAGCGGAAGGUGAAGAUAACCUACUUUCGGCUUGUCUCAGUAGCAACUUGAGCCAGGCUCUGGCUUAUACGUGUGGAGCGUUUACUAAUGGAAAACUGGGAUUUUAUGAUAGAGUCAUAGCGGAGUUGAAAGAAGGAAGGUCCUAG